GUCCAAUGAUCCGGCUACAUUGGCCAGUGCCAUUUUUAAACGUCCAUUUUGGCGAAAGUCGUCGAGAAAACCUGGGAAAAACUUUUUUAUACCGCAAAAGGUAGCAAGAUGCCCGGAGUAACAAUCAAGGAUGUAGACCAGCACGUUUUGGUCAAAGCUUUGGCAUCUUUUCUCAAAAUAUCCGGAAAAGUUGUAAUGCCUGAGCAGGCCGACUAUAUAAAGACAGCCACAUUCAAGGAAACAGGGCCAACCGAGAGCGAUUGGUUCUUUAAACGCUGUGCCUCCAUUAUGAGGCAUCUAUAUUUGCGUAGUCCUUCCGGAGUGUCGGCCUUCACCAAAAUCUACGGGGGGCGCAAGCGCAACGGAACGCGUCCCUCCAAGUAUUGCCGCUCCUCAAAUGGCUGUAUUCGAAAGGCUCUUCAAGCAUUGGAAACUGCUCGCUUGGUGGAAAAGCAUCCAGAUGGUGGUCGCAAACUGAGUCCUUUGGGCCAACGUGACAUAGACCGCGUUGCCAACCGGAUUUCGGCUAAGCAGCAAGAGCCAAAAACUUUACAUCCCAUAAUAAUCACCACUUAAUGAGCGACAAAAUAUAAUUUCGUGUAUUAAAUACACGGAAUACUUCGCUCGUUUAACCCAAUACAAUAACAUGCAAAACAUGGACAAAUUCGGUGACACCUCACCUGAAUCCUAAUAAAAAGCUCAGCAAAUAAAAAAAAAACAAUUAGUCUACAUGUUUGAAAGGACUUACACUUAUUAUUUUAAUAAAAAAUGCACGGAAAUAUUGAAUAUAAGACAUCACUAA